CUAGCAGCUCCGUCUCCUCCACAGAACCGUCCAGUAGCUGCUGCUAGGCUCAGCCCUCUCACACUGUUGCUAACCUAACAAGUUCGGCUGAAGAUGUAAAUCACCAUGCGUCCAAAGAGACGGGAACUGGCAGUGCCAGUGAUGGCCUCCCCCCUCUCUGCCUCCAUCAUCAUCAUUCUGGGGGUUCUUCUGUCAGCUAAGUCACCUGUGUGCCAGGCAGGGGACUGCAAGGGCCACAGGCAGGUGUUGAGGGGAACACCAGGUUAUGUCACAGAUGGACCAGGAAACUACUCUGUUAACGGGAACUGCGAGUGGCUUAUCAAAGCUCCCAACAACAGUCAUCGGAUAAUCUUGAAUUUCACCUUUAUGGACACGGAGUGUACGUAUGACUACCUGUUCGUGUACGAUGGGGACUCAUACCAGAGCCCCUUGCUAGCCAGUUUGAGUGGCAACACAUUGCCUCAGCCCAUUGAGGCCAAGUCUGGCAAGAUGCUUCUUCAUCUCUUCAGUGAUGCCAAUUACAAUCUUCUGGGGUUCAAUGCAACCUACAUAUUUUCCUUGUGCCCUGGAGCCUGUGGUGGGCAUGGCCGUUGUGAUUCUUCUACAUCGAAAUGUCACUGUCAUCAGGGUUGGGGUGGACCAUCUUGUACAGUCCCUAUGUGUUCACAGGCUUGUUCUCUGAAUGGCCAAUGUGACAAGAAAGGAGAACAGUGUCAGUGUAACCCAGGCUUCCUGGGCCAAAGCUGCCAGCUUAGUUACCAUGAUGAUAAUGGAGCCGGACAGUGGUGGCGUGUAAGUGAGGGAAACCCCUACACACCUCCAAGGACAGGUUCUGCUGGCGUGUACCUGUCCUCACCUGGAGCCAUGUACUUGUUUGGCGGAUUUGAUCUGAACAGAGCGCUUGGCGACUUGAUCAAAUACAAUUUCACAUCCAACCAAUGGGAAAGCAGGUCCUAUGGUCACUCUCCCGUGGCUCGUCACUCCCACACAGCGGUAGAGUACAUGGGUAAUAUGGUUAUCUUUGGAGGAGAGCUCGCCAAUGGCUCACUAGCCAGUGACGUUUGGAUGUACAGGCCACUCCAGGAUGACUGGCAGCAACUUGGCCUUUCCACUUCACAUGGUGCUCCUAAACUCGCUAAUCAUGCUACAGCAGUGGUGGACAGUUAUCUCUAUGUAUUUGGAGGUCGCACAGAGGAGGAUAUGUUUUCCUCAACUCUAUAUCGGUUCGGCUUACAUGGUUCUGGAAGGUGGGAGACUGUUCAGUCCACUGGAGGGAAACCCCCUGCCACUGCCGGCCACUCGAUGGUGUUCCACAGCCCAUCCAGGACACUGCUUGUCUAUGGAGGCCACAGGCCGACUACUGCCAGAUUUAGUGUGAGAGUGAACAACACCGACAUGUUCCACGUGGACAGGCGGUUUUGGACAUCCUUCCGCUCUCGUUUUCCCGCAACUGGUCCAAGAGAGAGAGCUUUUCACACUGCCACUGUCAUUGGAAACUACAUGGUGGUCUAUGGAGGGAAUGUUCAUAUUCACUACCAAGAGGAGAAGUGCUAUGAUGAGGAGAUUUUCUUUUAUCAUCUGGGUUGUCAUCAAUGGGUGUCUUCUGGGGAGAGAUGGUCAUCCAAUGGAGAAGCUGUAAGAGGACGAUACUCACAUGUUGCUGCAGUGAUGGAUGGACGAGUACUGCUGGUUGCCGGUGGUUACAGUGGUGUCGCCCGUGGAGACCUUGUGGCUUACAAAGUUCCACUAUUUGUCAGUAGCGAUCAAGGUGACAGGGAUGCAUUUUGUGCUGAAGCACUGGACGAACGUAUGUGUCUAAAGAAUCCAGGGUGCAGCUGGUGUGAAGGCCGUUGUAGAGAGUACGAGCCCACCAACCCGUGUGGUAGUACCGGUUGCCUCGGACUGCCUCGCUUCCUGUCUGACUGUCAGUCCUGCCUGGUGUUCAGUGGCACUCCACCAUCUUUAGCGCGAGCCCCUGGAGAAUUUGGCUGGUGUGUUCAGAAUGAGUCCUGCCUCCCAGUGUCAGAGCGAAGUGCGUGCCAUGUGGACCAGAUCUCAGGGGCGUACGGCUGGUGGGGGGAGCGUACCCUUUUCCUAACCUCCCUCCACGACUGUCGCACCGAGAACUAUGUCCCAGGACUGCACCUGCUCACCUUCCAGCACCCCCGAAACGACUCCCAGCCUGACAAGGUGGCCAUCCUUCGCAGCACCAACAUCAUUCUUAGCCCCACCACAGAGAUGGAUGUAGCACUCCAGUUCAGGGGCUUCAUUCAUCCAUUGUGGGGUGGGCCACCACCCGCACCCCCUCCCACAGAGACUGUCUUCAUGUGGGCUCGCAUCCAGAGGCUCCACUUUGAGGCUCGAAUGGCAUCAGGACCCAAUUCCAGCCAACUGGAGGUGGUGGGGCGCUGGGCAGCCCAGCAGGAAAAGGAGUCGAAGAUGCUGGUUCGGCCGGAUGGGAGUAGACUGUUUUCUAACUUGACCAGGGGCAACCAUUACCUGUUUCAAGCUGAGGGCUACCUUAACAACUCAGGCUCAGGACAAACCAGUGAAAUGGCCUUGAUCUGGAACAGAACUUUACCUGGAGGGAGUGAGAUCUCCUUCUUGUUUUUGGAGCCCUUCCGGUCCGGUUCCUGCUCCGCAUAUAUGUCUUGUCUGGCCUGCCUGUCUGACCAGUCAUGCGGCUGGUGUCCAUCUUUAUCCCGUUGCAUGGUUCGGGACAGCCCAGACCUGGAACACUGUCCUGAAGUGGAGAAGAGUGAAGGGAAAGUAGAAGGCCAGCGCCAUCUGCUUUUAUCACCACAGCACUGCACCCUGUGUGAAGAGUACAGAGACUGCUCUGCCUGUACUCAGGACCCUUAUUGUGAGUGGCAGAUAAACUCCAACAAGAAAGGAGACUAUCAGUGCAGUCGGCGGGGAAGAUUAGAAGGAUCCAUACGCGACCCAAGGGGUUGUCCAAAAGUCUGCAACCAGAGAAAGACGUGUGGUGAGUGCCUCUCGAACUCCAGCCAGUGUGCAUGGUGUGAAUCAGCCCAGGCCUGCUUUUAUUUUGCCGCCUACCUCACAAAAUACCCAUUUGGAGAAUGCAGGGACUGGUACGACAGUGUUCAUUCAGUUCCUCAGUGUAAGCACUGUUCAGCUUUAAACACAUGCCCGGACUGUCUGAGAACAUUCCAGUGUGGCUGGUGUGGUGACUACAACAAUCCCACAAUUGGAAAGUGUUUGAGGGGAGACUGGGCAGGAAUGGAUGAUCCAUCCGUGUAUAACUGCAGUGUGGCUGUGGCUGAAGCACGGGCUGCAAAUCCUGAUCCCCAGACCUCUGCUCCACCGAGACCCUUGGAAAUGGAGAUUGAGUUGGAGCACCUAGAAGAUGAGGAGAAAGAUGCAGUCUGGUCCUACCCAACUUGUCCUGACGUAGAGGAGUGCAGGCUAGGUCUCCACAACUGUCACCCCUUUGCCACCUGCAUCAACACUCCCACAUCUUAUGAGUGCCACUGUGAGAGAGGAUACACAGGGGAUGGCACACUGCACUGCAACCAGACUUGUUACAACGAGUGCCGUGAGGGUCAGUGUAGUGGCAGCCCAAGGUUUGAGUGUGAAUGUUCUCUGGGCUGGACGUCUGACCCUGCCACUCUAGUUCUGAGUGGCGUUGAGUGUGAUGUAGACUGUGGCUGCAACUUCCACUCCACCUGUAUUACUGCUCCAGGAAUCUGUGAUGAAUGCCAGGAUUGGACUACAGGGCCUCACUGUGAGCACUGUCGUCCAGGCAGCUUUGGCUCAGCCCUGGCUGGUGGCAGUGGCUGUGUGCCUUGUGAGUGUAACGGCCAUGGCGACCCUCUCCGAGGAUUCUGCCAUAACCAAACAGGCCAGUGCUACUGCACCCAUAACACUCAGGGACCACACUGCGAGUCCUGCCUACCUGGUUACUAUGGAGACCCCAGAAAUAAUGGCACAUGCUACCGCCAGUGCCAGGGCCGCUCCGUUCUGCUCUCCCCCACCUCCUCCUUUGCCAUGCCCCUGUCAUCGUCUUUGGGAUGGCGGAGUGGCACGGAGGGAAAAGGAGGGCUUUCUCAUUGCCUAUGGGUCUUGUCUGUCACUGAGAAGCUGGGCCCUUGUUCACCUGGAGACCUCUGUCCACCAGUAGCCCUCACGCUACAUCCAGACUCCCACACAUACUGCAAAGGCUCGUAUGUCUAUGUGUUUGAUGGCCUUCCUCGUUUUAUGGACAAUGGAGUUGUACAUUCCAAUCACAAUCUUAUUGGAGCAUUUUGUGGCACCACAAGAGCUCAGCCUGUCACCGUUGAGGCUACCUCAGGUGUGAUCUCAGUUUACUUUGAGGCCAACGUCUCUUCAAACAAACCACAAGGCUUUAAUGCAUCGUUCUGGGUACGGAGGUGUCACCACAGCUCCGAUGAUGAAGACGGGUCAUCUGUGUGUCCAAAUGGAGCCCAGUGCCAGGGUGGGCUUUGCCAGUGUCCUCAGGGAUAUGGGGGGCCGCAUUGUGACCGGCCAAUCUGCCCUCAGGAUUGUGGAGUGAUAGAAGGAAGAGGAGUUUGUAAUAUAUCUCUGGGAGUGUGCAAGUGUUCACAAAGCUGGUCUGGCUCAGACUGCUCGGUUCCUCAGGAUCCCAACAGCUUGGUCUGGGAAACGCUGCUGGAUACACAACUUACAAUGAACCAGGCUCACAGGUUCCUCCACAGGAUGGGACACACUCUCGUGUCUGGACCACAGAGCAGUCUCUGGAUGUACGGAGGCCUCUCGCUGUCAGAAGGCAUUCUUGGAAAUGUCUACAGGUAUUCGGUGCUGGAGAGUCGUUGGACCCAAAUGUUGACCAGUUCUGUGAUCGAAGGUUCAACUCCUAUAGCUCGCUAUCACCAUGCAUCGGCACUUCUGAAUAUCUAUGAGUCUGGCUCUGGAAACCAUGGAGCGAGUCACACCUACAUGUUGGUGGUAGGCGGUGUCACUCAAGAUGGUGUUGCCAUGGAUACCUGGAGUCUCAAUCUGAGCAGCUUAAUCUGGCGGGAGCACAAGAGCUCGGUGCUGCCUCCGGUGGCAGGUCACAGUUUAACAGUACGUCGAGAUUCCUCCGUGUUACUGAUUGGAGGUUACUCUCCUGAGAACGGUUUUAACCACCAUCUGCUGGAAUUCAGUCCUCAUACUGGAAACUGGACUAUUGCCCUCCACACUGGCACACCACCUACAGGUUUAUAUGGCCACACAGCAGUCUACCACGAGCAGACUGAUGCCAUCUAUGUCUUUGGAGGGUACCGCUUCCAUGUGGAGACGGUAGAGCCAUCAGGCGAGCUCUACAGUCUGUAUUACCCCAACCUUACCUGGUCUCUCCUGGUCCCUUCACAAGGCAACAAGCCCCUGUCCCGUUUCUUCCAUGCCGCAGCCAUGAUCAAAGACACCAUGGUCAUUGUUGGUGGAAGGACAGAAGCUGAAGACUACAGUAACUCUGUGUCUUUGUAUCAGAUCAACUGUAACACAUGGAUACAACCAGUAUCGGCCAUAGGAGAUCCAGUAAAUCGCUCGGUGUCUCUUGCCAUGACUAGCUGGGGCGGUCACCUCUUCCUGACAGGUGGUUUCAAUGGAGUUACACUGGGCAGGCUCCUAACUCUGACCCUGCCUUCGGAUCCCUGCACCAUGCUGCCCACACCCGAGGCCUGCAACUCCACCACAGGAAGCUGCAUCUGGUGCAGGGGAACCUGUGCUUCUUCUGAUACAGCUGAGAGAAUGGGCUGCUUCACUGGACAGUCUCCCUGUUCCCCAACUCCUCGUCAACCAGACCAGUGCCGCAGACUCAAGACAUGCAGCGAAUGCCUUGCUAGGCACCCUAAAACAUUUUCCAGUCCAUUACAGCCUGCCUUGCAGUGUAAGUGGUGCACGAACUGCCCAGAAGGAGCUUGUAUUAACAGCUCUGUCAGCUGUACUUCGGAACAUGACUGUCGGAUCAACCAGAGGGAGAUUUUCUUAUCCAGCAACUGCACAGAGACGAGCUGUGAGGCUUCUGACUGCCCCAAGUGUACCGCUUCUGGAAAAUGCAUGUGGACCCGUCAGUUCAAACGCACAGGUGAAACGCGGCGUAUCCUGAGUGUGAACCCCACCUAUGACUGGACAUGCUUCAGUUACGCUCUGCUCAACGUUUCCCCCAUGCAGGUGGAGUCAUCUCCCCCUCUGCCAUGCCCUCCUCCUUGCCAUAGUCUCCUUAACUGCAGCCUCUGUCUGGGCUCUCGAGGCUCGGAUGGAGGCUGGCAGCACUGUGUUUGGAGUCUGACUCUGCAGCAGUGCAUGAGCCCGUCUUUCGUUCCCCUUCGUUGUGAGGCAGGCCAGUGCGGCCGAUUGCUCUCGGGGGGCGAUUCCUGUUCUCCCCAGUGCUCCCAGCUUACUCAGUGUUCCCAGUGCAUUGCUAGGCCUCAGUGUGGCUGGUGUGCUUUACAAGGGGGCAAUGGUGCUGGCCACUGCUUGCAAGGAGGGCUAGACGGUGUUAGUGAAGGCAUUUGUCCCCUGAGAAACAGCAGUUGGUCUUUCCUCCAUUGUCCAGAGGAGGACGAGUGUGCCAACGGCCAUCACCACUGCAACAGCACUCAGGACUGCCAUGACCUACCCCAGGGACACUAUUGCACCUGCAAACAAGGUUACAUACUCAGCAGUCUUUCUGGGCAGUGUGAGCCAGUGUGUGCUCAGGGCUGUGUAAAUGGGACAUGUGUCUCCCCGGGAGUUUGCCAGUGCCACUUUGGCUUUGUCGGGGAAAACUGCUCCUCUCAGUGCAGCUGCAACAAACACAGCAAUUGCGCUGGUGUUAACAAACCAGAUGUUUGCCUUGAAUGCCACAAUAACACCAUAGGUAAACACUGUGAGAAGUGUAAGCCUCUGUUUGUGGGUUCUGCAAAGGGCGGUGGCACUUGUCGUCCCUGUCGUGAGUUUUGCAAGGGAAACAGUGCUCUGUGUCUGUCAAGGGAUGAGCUAAAAAAGGCCCUAGAAAACCCUGGACUCUUCCCCCUGGACCCCAACAGUAAUCAGAAUUUGGUGCUUGAGGGUCCCACAGAAGAUAAUGCUGUAUGUCUGAAUUGCCAGAACAACAGUGUUGGGGAUAAGUGUGAGAGUUGCCUAAGUGGCUAUUUCCUGCUGCAGGGGAAAUGUGAGAAGUGUCAGUGUAACGGCCAUGCAGACACGUGUAAUGAGCAUGAUGGUACAGGCUGCCCCUGCCAGAACAACACAGAGACCCCGUCUUGUCUCAGUGGCCCUCAGAGUGACCGGAAGGAGUGCUACAGGCAACAAUGUGCCAAAUGCAAGGACUCCUUCAAUGGCACGCCUGUGAACGGCCAUCAGUGCUACCGUCAGUUCAAUGUGGACACAGAGUGUUGCUUCGAUCCCACGUCUCAAACCAACUGCUUCCAUGACCCGGCCAUCCGUAACCUGCCCAAGGGUCGCACCGUGUUCUUCGCUGCUCAGCCAAAGUUCACAAAUGUAGACAUUCGGGUCACCAUUGAUGUUACAUUCGGUGAAGUGGAGGUGUAUGUGUCCAACUCCCAUGACACCUUCACCGUGGACGUGGAUCGGUACACAGGUAUUCACACCAUCAGGAUAGAGGAGGAAUCGGUGGUUCGUGGGGUAGAUAAGGAUUCUCCUCCAUCUCCUAUAAAAGUGUUUACAAAUGCCUCGUCCAGCCUGGGAGGUCCUGUACUUUCCCACAAUCCAUUGCAGCUGCAAGCCAAACCUCCAGGAGCAGAGAGACAAAUUAGAGAGGAGCGCGCUGAAGGACUCAUCACCUACAUAACUGUGUGGAAACCACAAACGGUUCUCAUUGUCCGACGAGUUCGAGAUCGUGUGGUCAUCACAUUCCCUCAUGAGGUGCACUCCCUGAAGUCCAGCCGCUUCUAUAUUGCUCUGAGAGGCGUGGGGACUGACAAGAAAGAAGGAGAGUCUCAGGGUCUGCUGUUUCUGCGACAAGACCAAGCCCACAUAGACCUUUUUGUCUUUUUCUCUGUUUUUUUCUCUUGUUUUUUCCUUUUCCUGUCCGUCUGUGUUCUUUUGUGGAAGAUUAAGCAGUUCUUGGACUUCCGUCGGGAGCAGCGUCGCCACAUCCAGGAGAUGACCAAAAUGGCAUCCAGACCCUUUGCUAAACUCACCAUAUACCUUGAGCCAGAGGAGCCUCAGCUCAUCUACCUGCCCUCAGCGGGCGGAGGGGUCGGGGGCAGCACUGUUUCACUCGCUCACGCCCGCACUGGCAAGUUAGGUGGAGUGGUGGUCGGCCAGAGGGGCAGAACAGGACCCGUCUCCUUUAAACAUGACCCAAGCUCUGGGCCCACAGCCCACCACCACCAUCACCUUACACUGGGAGGAGGGGGCAACAAUGGACAGCAUUUACCACUGCACUACUUGAACACCCAUCACUACGCCAGCACCACAACUGGCACCCAAGCUUCACAUCAUCACCAUCCAUCCACAUACAGUGGCUACCAGCACUUUUGCCGUUCCGACCCUUUCCUCUCUCAGCUCAUGGGCUUUUCCUACUCCUCCUUCAAGGUAGGGCCCAUCACCCUAGAGCCCACGGAUGACGGCAUGGCCGGGGUGGCUACAGUCCUGUUCCAGCUGCCUGGAGGCGUCUUGGCUCCCAAUCGUGCCUGUCUGGGCUCUGCACUGGUUACUUUGCGGCAAAAUCUGCAAGAAUACUGUGGCCAUGGCAACGGAGGGGGACAUCCAGGGGCAGGGGUCGGGCGCAAGGGGCUGCUUGGGCAUCAGCACCUGACCACUAUGGCUAUGUAGGGAAGCGAGCAACAGAUAUAAUUAUAAUGAGGCAAAUAUAAGAGACAUAUGUCUGUGAAUCGUUUGAAUUAUAAUUAAUUUUUCGAAAGCAACAUCCCUGCACGCGAGAGUCCAAAAGAAAUAGUUACUGUAUGAUGGAGUCAGCAGCCUUGAACAUUUUGAACAGCAAUGUACAUACACUGUAUAAUGAAUUAAGUGUCUUUUGUUGUAUGGUGUAUUGCUAUACUGUAAUAUACUGCUUCACAUGACCAGGUCAGCUGUCUCUAAGAUGCACUACAAUUGCUAAGCAUAUCAACAAAAUGUCCUAUUUUUUGUCUAAACAGGCAUGAGAACUCUAAAGCUCAACUUUCAUUCAAAUUAUUCUUAGAAAGAUAUUAAAAAAUUACUAUAUAGUAUAUAAAAUGUCAAACCCACAAAAUGACAAUCACAAAUGUUAUUGAGAAUAUUACACUUAAAUUGGUUCAACAUAAAUGUGCACAGUUUUGAUUGUCAGCUAAGUGCAGGAGAAAAAAAAUAAGUGUUGCUUAUGAGAUGGUUUUAUAUCAGUCAAUAUUACUGAUUUACAACUGUUACCCAAUUGGUACAGCCUUAUAAGCUAUGUGUUUCUGUUAAACAGACUUCUGAUUACGUUUUUGCAUAUUCAUUCACAUGCUCAGUUACAUUUCUUGUCUUAUCUGCCUUUACUUCUUGCCUUGUUAGUGAGUCAGCUGGCUUACACCUAAUACUUGUCUUGGGAGUAUGCGUAGAGCAGCUGCUGGAGGAUGUAAAAACAAAAAAGAAAUACAAUUUUUAAAUGUGUUUUACGAGUUGUUUUUGGAUAAGAAAUGAUGGAUCAUUUUUUCCAUUUAUGGUAUUUAGUUCUUGACACUACAAUGAUUUAAUAAUAUGGAAUGUGUCCAUAGCCAUGAAGAAAUGUGGGGUUUUUAAACACGCAUCUGCAUUUUGUUCUCAUGAUCUCUGUCUUUAGCUGGAUAUGGUUAAUUGGCAACUUUCCUGCCUGAUUGUAUUUGCCAAUCAUGAUUACAGUUUGAUCCAACAAAAUAUAAUUAUAGGGAAAAAAUGCAGUUCUAAAAAGUGUUACUCUAUUGAAAUUACACUAAAGAGCUACAAGAUAAAGUUCUCCUGGUGAGAGAUUGUGGAAGAUUUGAGAGUAUUUUCUAGACUGAAAGAAGGAACGUGUUCACUGUUUUGUGUUGAUGUUAUUUGUUUUUUUUUGUCUUUUUGGUUUUCUUUUUUGCACUGCGUGAGGCCAUUACGCCCCAUUAGUCAUACAAAACCUGAAGGGGGACAUUAUCCAGCCUCAUAAGGCACAUGUUGUCAUGGAUGAAUUCAGACCCGUGCUGCUGGAUUCCUAUCAGAUAAAACCAUUCAAGUUUUUAUUUGAUUUCAUUUUAAUGUGAGAUGCAUUACCGUUGAGCGAACUGAUACCGUCACUAUUUAUAGCCACCCCUCACAACUAAGCAUUAACACUUUUUGUCAUGUACCCUUUCUGUAUUUUUUUAAUGAGCUUUAUUUUUGUACAUAACUUUUGUUGCUUGUGUUUUGUUUUUGUUUGUUUUCCAAAGAAGGGAACAGUGUACAAAAGAUGGAAGAUUCAAUGUUCUGAGUCAGUUGAAUUAAAGUUUGUGGAACUUAA